AACCUCACUUUUUGUUGAUUGAAAAGAUUGAACAUGACAGUGGGUUGCAGUAAUAAGUAAUUUGUGUAUUUGUGGGUAUUUAUAACACAAAAAAUGGCACUGGAAUGCACCGAAUGUAAUCGUACUUUUACUAUUAAAAGUAAUUUGACGAGGCAUCUUCGUAUGGUGCAUAGUAUCGAAGUGGAAAGGUUGGAUAUACUUCCGAGGGAUAUCGAUACUUACCAUUAUAAAUGUUUAGAGGGUUGUAAUAUAUCUUUUAAGUAUAAUCGAGAAUUAAGGAAACACUUGCGGUUGAAGCAUGAGGUUAAUUUAGUGGAGUUAAAUUUGGAGUUUCCGAACACAGAAGUUUUUAAUAAGUGGCUGCACGAUGAAGAAACUAAUAAUUGUGUUCAGUAUGUUCACUUGACUGCGACCAAACGGAAGACCACAGGGACCGAGACAUAUUAUUAUGAGUGUAGUAGAACAGGCCGACGAACCUUCGUUGAUGACACCAUAAGAAAACGCAAAUCACGAAAAUGGCCCACCAAACUCAACCGCGGCUGCACCAGCCAGAUCAUAGUGAACAAGUCACAUGACGGUUCGCUUAGCAUAAUCUAUUUCAAAACGCACUACGGCCACGACAUCGGCAUCGAACACAUGAAACUAUCCAAGCAAGAUCGAGGGGCCAUCGCUUCUAAGCUUCUAUUAGGUUUACCAAUCACUACAGUUCUACACUCUGCGAAAAAUACAGCGGGUGAUAUUAAACGUAUUAAUCUCAUAGAGCGCAAAGACAUCGUUAACAUCCGUAGAGCCUUUAACAUUGAUCUGAAAGAUGGGAAAGUGGUUAAUAUGAACCCGAUUAAUGCAUUCCUCGCGGAGUGCAGUAAUCAUAAAUUGAACCCAAUACUGUAUUGCAACGUCGAUAGUUUUCCAGAAUGUGAAGAUAUUUGUGUGAUUAUAAUGACGAAGUAUCAGUCUGAAAUGUUGAAAGCUUUUGGUGGUAACAUCGUCGUUAUCAAUUCAGUACCUUUAAAGAACUGUGAUUUUGAAUUGAUUACUAUUUUUGUUAUUGGGAAAAGCUGGAAGAACGAGUGGGAGAAUUUUUCCAGUUGGGAAAGUUACCCUGCUGCUUGUAUGUUCACCAAUAAUGUUAGUAGCAGCUAUUCACUUUUUUUUACUAAAAUUAAGGAAAAGAUGGGAGCCAUUUCGCCUAAAAUUUUGUUUACUAAUUGUGAUAAAAUGUACUACAACACGUGGAAGGAAGUAAUGGGGGAUGUCUCCCACCACCUUUACACACCUAUUCAAAUACACAUCGACUGGAAAUUAAAUUUAAACCGGGUCAUAUGCACAGAACCCGAUGUGACUCGAAUUAAAAGAAAAUGGCUGUUUGACUCCCUCACCAGUGUCCAAAACUGUCAAGACGAAUCAGACUUCUUAGAAAAUUUUGAACCAACAGUAAAAGUAAUCCAGAACGAUCCAGAUUUUAUAGAUUUCCACCAAUACUUCGUGCGCCACUAUAACGAUCCACAAAAGUGGGCCACUUGCUACAAAACCGGUCUAGACUUGCCUUUAAAACAACUCGACGUGAUCAGCGAUGUGUUAAGACACUACUUGAACGAGGAAACGGAAAUCCGAUUUGACAAAAUUUUCCACUCUCUGAUCAGAUUCAUUAGAGACGAAACCGUAAACUCUAUGUUGAACACAAAAACGAAUCGGGUUUUCUUUACUAACGAAAAUGAUGCUAGACAUCGGGCACUUGGUGAUAAAACCCUGGAUGGCACACACUUGGGCGAGAACUUGUGGAACGUCGUCGAAGACCAACAAACACACCUUGUUCAAAAAUUUUUGGAAAAAAGAUGUUGCAAUUUAGUUUGUAGCACGUGUCAUAUUUGUCUACAUUGUUUUAGCUGCAGCUGCGUGGAUUUCUUUGUCGAGAAUGCCAUCUGUGUUCAUAUUCACUACAUCUGGGUUACGUAUUUCCAGUCGAUCGUGCAAAAUGAAGAUGACUUGGAUGAAGAAAUCGACCACGAUUGUACCGAAGAAAUUAUUAUAGAAGUUGAUGAGAAACAAGAAUAUGAUGAGAUGAAUCACGAUGUUCACUAUUUGCGUAACGCUAUUGUUGAAAAGAGUUCGAUUUUGUGUGAGAGUAUUGGAAGACUGGAGGAUAAGAGUGCGCUGAAGGCGAUUUUGGAUACGAUUAAUCAGUUGUGUGAUUUUAGUGUGAACGGAGAGGUUAGUACUGUGAGUAAAAGUUCUUUGGGUGAUCAUUCGUAUUUAUAAGGUUUUGUUAUUUCAAAAGUGGUUGGUUUCUUCCUGUGUACAUACUCAUGUAAUGUAGGUUAAAAUGUAGAGCCUAAUACGAGCUCGCUUUCUUUUCGUUCGUUACUUCCGAGGCGAAAAAUAAAUUCAAGUUUUAAAAAUU